CAAUUAACUAAUCAAAUUUCGUGGGAAAAAGGAAAGAAGACAGUAGAGAAAGACUCGGUCAUCUUUGUCCCAAUUCCCAAAGCUUAGUUAGGCUCAUAAUUUGUUAAUUACUUGUAGCACAAGAUUAGAUUACACACCAGACAAUAAUAUUUCAACACUCGUGGAUUGGAUCCAUGUUCUUCUCCUUUCAUCGAGUGAUUUCCGACCAAAGAUUUCAUCUUUCUUUCGGACGAUAGAUUGAACCUUGAAAGCCAUGUCGACAUUUACAGCCAUAGCUUUUGAUAGGCUGAUUGAACCUGGAGCUUCAAAUUCUACAGUGCCAGCACGAAAUUCUCUCGACUCAAAGCUCGAGUGGAGGCACAGCCCUCCAAAUCCUAGCCAAGUCAAGGAAACUGUUGCCCGUACUUCAAAUUUAAGCAAAGAAGGUAUCAUUAUUCCUGUUCAUCCAAAGCUCGAUAACAGGAAAAAUGGUUCAUCAACUACAGCCACAUCAGCCGUGGAUAAAAAACACCACUGGACACAAAUCUCGCCUGCUCUUUACACGACCCCUGAGUCGACCCCAGUUCCUGAUACACCGUCGUCAUUUCCCCCUUCGCCUUAUAUUAUUAACCACAAGAGACGGGGCCCACGGCUUGUGAAGAGCCUCUCGGAGGAUGAUGUUGUGACUUGUAAACAGAGUGCAGAUGAGAUCAAGGCAGAUGAGAACGGGAUUAAUGGCAGUAUAAAGGUUUUAGGCUAUGCCGUGGAAAAUUGUCUGAAUGGUUCUUGUAAUAAUGGGAUCCUAAGUCAGGAUGUGGAAAAUGGUCAGGAAGGGGAAAAAGGUGUGGUGAAGUCUUUUUCUGAAUUCAGUUUGCAGCAAGAAGAUGGUGAGGCUGAUGAUGAUAAUUUUGUCGAUCCGCAGGAGUCGAUGAGUGUUAAGAGCAUAUGUGAAAGUGAGGGUAAUUGUGGAGCUGAGCAGUCCUUGAAUUUGACGAUGCCGUUAACUGAGUUCUAUGAUGCUUGGGAAGAAUUAUCAUCUGAGAGUGAAAUUCAGCUCCAAAUGCCUGAUCUCGAGACCGAACUGCGUGAAAUAAGAUUGAGUUUGUUGAUGGAGAUAGAAAAGAGGAAGCAAGCUGAAGAAGCUUUAUGCAAUAUACAAAACCAAUGGCAGAGGAUCUGUGAAAAGCUAUCUGUAGUGGGGUUGACACUCUCUGUGGACCCUACUACUUUGCUUGAGGGUGAACAACAACUGGACGAUCCUGCAGAGGAGUUGUGUCAACAGGUCCAUCUGGCCAGGUUUGUGUCGAAUUCAAUCGGGAGGGGAAUUGCAAAGGCCGAGGUCGAAUUGGAGAUGGAAGCUCAGUUAAAGAUGAAGAACACUGAGAUUGCUCGUUUAUUGGAUAGGCUUCAUUAUUAUGAAGCCAUGAACCGAGAAAUGUCCCAGAGGAACCAAGAAGUUGUGGAGACGGCAAGACGACUUAGGCAAAGAAGGAAAAGGAAACAGAAAUGGGUUUGGGGUUCUAUUGCUACUACAGUUACACUUGGUUCGGCCUUCUUAGCAUACUCUUAUUUCUACACUGGAAAAACAUCAUCUUCCCAAAGCUUGCCUCAUAUUCAUACAUUCGACCGUGACGCAAGUUAGUGAACCAGUGAAUGUCCUAAUUCAUACAUUAGAAAUAAAUAACAGAGGAGGUUAUACCUUAUACGGAUAUUUGUGAAUACAAUCACACAUAUGUUUUUAUCUUUUCCUAAAAAGCACGUAUUUUCUGGGAAUCCAGGAUCUAAAAAUUCAAUAAAAGCAUGUAGUACUGCACAAUUGAAAUGCCGGCCAACAUAUUUUAAUGUGUGUAUGGAUGCUUUAUGGAGUAGUAAGCUGCAUGGAGCCAUUCUACAACCUGAUCUUUCUUCUGGAUAGAUGCUUUUGUAUAUUCAUGACAUAUAUUCAAUUCACAAAUUAUUUUGCAGGUCGAUAUGUCAUAUUUUUGUUUAUAUUAAGUGUCAACUUUUGGAGCUAUUUGUGCCUUGGCCUCCUAAUUAUUUGGGUGCCUCAUUUUUUUUUUUUUAUUUUAACAAAGUUUAUUUGGGGCAUUUGUGCCUUGGCUUUCUAACUUCCC